AUGGGUUAUGUGACAAGCGGGUAUGCGACGCGGCCAAAUAAACGCGCUAAAAAGGUUCUGAGAAAGGUCUACUAUGAACGUGUCAACAAAGCUGUAAAGGUCAGCAGGACUGCGCUUGAAAGACAUCCGGGGCGCAAUGAAGAGCGGCAUAUGAAACUUGUUGAUCUACCACAAGACGUGCUGGAAAGAAUCUUCGUGUUUUCCGGUCGGAACAACGCUCUGCCAAUACUGAACCGGCGCUUCCAUCGUUGUCUGAAGCCAACACGAUUUUUAAUUAAUUGUUUCUUGCGCUCAAAUUACAUUUCAGAUGUCAACGGUGCGAUACAUGAUCUCCCAGAUUCGCCUUGCUCCUCAUGGAUAGUUUUGGCUGAAUCUGUUUUCCGCAACCGAACGUUUUUGCAAUACCUCGAAGCAAACCCAUCGAUAUUGGAUUCCGUGGAUGAGGUGACUAAUGUUGAAAGUUUAGCACAAGCUCAGCAGCAAAGACUAGAGGAGUUUAGCCAAGGACAGCUACAGGAUCCUCGAACGCCUCUGACACCAUUUGAUUUGGAUCCACAAACUGGAAAGCCGUUGCGAGACUAUCCGCCAGCGAUUUAUGACUGGCCCGCAAUUUUCUUCCGGAAUGACAUUACAGUGGUGCCGCCAGUUUACAACGAGCUCCUGUUGUGUCUUCACUCUUUCUAUGCCGUUCAGCAUCCCUCACUGGUCGCGGAAUCGGCCAUGCAAUGGUUUUUCAAACAAAACGAAGAGCGCGUCCCACAUUUAGACAUAAACCAUUUGUUCUACGCUGUUAACUUCAUACUGCAUAUUUCUGUACAGGAAAUGCGUAGCUUCACAGACCCUCAUCCUUUGAUCCAAUUUGUCACUCAUAUAUACGUGACAAUCACCCCGUGGUUAUCGCGCUUAUUGUUGUGUGAGAAGCUAGAGGCCGCUGAUCUCAUUAGUGCUCGCAAAGCCAAAAUCGUCAAAAAGUUCAUUCGCAAAUUCUAUAGGGAUUGCCCUGAGACUCUAUCUCACGACGAUCUUUGGUUGUUACUGAAUAAAGUUAAAGACCGGCGGCUACUUGAAACUGUCACAGAGUAUGGUGGUAAGCCCAGUUUCAACGUGGUCAAAUAG